AUGAGACCACUAUCAAACUGCAAGCCAAUUCCAAGCGUCUGUUUGACCUUAUUACUAAUUGCAGCUAGCUCCUUUAAUACAUGUCCUUGCGAAGCUUUGGCAUCUUCGCCAUCCUCUUCGCAACCUCCAAGAUCAACAUAUUCUCCUUUUUCAUGGCGUGGCAACUCGGCCAUUUCCACUUCAAGUCUGCAAGCUACAAAUGUAAAUACCGAUGCUACCACUAGUAGCACCGCCACAAGUGACGAAGAUCAAGUCAAGACAACCGACGUCCUGUCCCUAGAUUCGAUCCGUGACUCACUGAUUCGACUGGAAGAAACCAUCAUCUUUGCCUUGAUCGAACGUGCUCAGUAUCGGCAAAAUCAGGUUGUCUACAUGAAAAAGCAUGAUUUGGUAACUCCGCCAGGAAGCGUUGUUCCAGAAGGAUUGGAAGAUGAACCUUUGUCUUUGUUGGAAUAUUUGUUGAUUGGAACGGAAACGUUGCAUUAUGCCGUUCGUCGUUACACUUCCCCCGAAGAGAAUGCCUUUUUCCCCGAUCGCCUUCCAAACGAAAAGAUCAUGGAAGAGUUGGAAUACCCCACUCUGUUGUCUGAUGUUGGUGCGGCUAUAGAUGUCAAUUUCAACGAAAUCUUGAUGAAGAAAUACCUCGAGAUCGUCGUCCCAUCCAUUGCUCGUGCUGGAGAUGAUGAACAACACGGAUCAACAGUUUUGUGUGAUGUUGCUGUCUUACAAGCCCUAUCAAAACGUGUUCACUAUGGAAAGUUCGUAGCAGAAUCCAAGUAUAUGUGUGACCCAGAGGGAUACCAACGCUUGGUAGACGCAGGUGAUGCUGAUGGCGUGAUGGAAUUGCUGACCAACUCGGUCGUCGAAGCCAAGGUCUUGCGACGUGCUCGCUUGAAGGCGGCAACUUAUGGUCGCGAGCCUCUUUUGGCCGAUAUGCAAGUCAUGGAGACUUCGAAAGACCACAUCAACUCCAUUCUCGCUGCAGCUGCUGCAGCUGCUGUGGUUGGUGCCAUGGAAGCCUUGGGAGCUGAUCCUGAUGGCAACAACAGCGGUAAGAUUUGUCCUUCGACAGUCGAAUCUGUCUACAGAGACAUUAUCAUUCCUUUGACGAAGGAUAUCGAAGUUGCCUACCUUUUCCUAAGAUGUGGAAAAGAUCCACCACCUCAAUUCGCCCCUGAUCGCAUGAGUACUGAUGAGGUUUAA